UGUCUCCAACAAUUUCCAAUUGAUGAUAUCCUGUGAGUUGGUGCCCCUUUACACUCAAACUACCCGCAUCUUUGACUAUUUCUGACUACAUCCAUGUGAUCAAUGCCCCCACGCUUGUAUCCCUAUCUGGUUUCUAAAAAACACACAUAUAUGUAAAUUUGAGGCCAUCCUUUGGAGGAAUCAAAUUCAGAGCACUCUGAAUCCGAAUGAGUCAUCUCUCUCGUAGAACACGAGAAGCCUAUUAAAAUCCUUACCUUCAAUUAUUAAAAUAGUUUCAGAGUCUGCCAUUGUUCUGACUCCGAGAUAUCUUUCCCUUCUCCAAAGAAACUUAAGAGUAGUAGAUACACAGUAGCCGACCUAACUGAGGCGGUUCAUCUGUGUUUGCAUGUGGCUGGCCAACAUGGGCGGUUGGCCAAAUUCCAAUAAAUUAAUGCCACACAUCACCAUGCUUCCCAUGUGGAUCUGCACAUGAUCCCCGCUUUUCUCCAGGGUCUUUAAAAUACACAUAUUCCUGAAAAUAACAAGAUUCCAGGAUUGCUCCAGCCUCCAGGCCCAGCUCUCUCCAAAUACAGAGAGCAACAAGUUGGAGCAACUUCUCUCAAUGGCACCCUUACAGUUGUCUGUCAUUUUAUUUGCCAUUAAUCUUCUCUAUUCGCCCUCAGGAAUAUUAUCAGCAACGUUUACAAUAACAAACAAGUGCAGCUACACAGUCUGGCCAGGGAUACUUUCCGGAGCUGGAACCCCGGAACUUUCUACCACAGGGUUCUCCCUAGAAUCAAGCCAAUCGACUUCAAUCUCUGUGCCUACUUCUUGGUCAGGUCGUUUAUGGGGUCGCACUUUCUGCUCCCAGGACUCCACCACUAACAAAUUCACUUGCCUGACCGGUGACUGUGGCUCUAGCACUUUGGAAUGUUCUGGUGGCGGCACAACCCCGCCUGCCACCCUGGCUGAAUUCACCCUGAACGGUGCUGGCGGGCUGGAUUUUUAUGAUGUUAGCCUUGUCGACGGCUAUAACCUUCCCAUGCUGGUGACACCCGAAGGCGGAAAUGGAGGGAAUUGUACUGCUACUGGCUGUGUUGUGGACUUGAACAAUGCCUGUCCGGCUGAGCUUCAGGUUACUGACGCCGCGAACGGCGAGUAUGUGGCCUGUAAAAGCGCUUGUGAAGCAUUUGGCGAACCGCAAUAUUGCUGCAGUGGAGCUUAUGCAACGCCGGAUACUUGCAAGCCAUCUUCUUACUCCUUGUUUUUCAAAGCUGCGUGUCCUACAGCUUACAGCUACGCCUAUGAUGAUGGAACGAGCACCUUCACCUGUGCCGGUGCCGAUUAUGCCAUCACUUUCUGUCCUAACCCGAAUACAAGUGUCAAGUCCGCCAACGGCCAACUCCCUGCGGCUGCUAAUGUACCAUCAGCCGGAACAAUGGCCGCCUCUGGACCCACAACAACUCCUACUUCCUUCGUUGCCACCGUCGUAAUUUCAGCCGCAAUUUGGAAGCUGUGGCAACUCAUGUAACUUUCCAAUUCUUCAGCCUUGCCUUCAACCAUCUCAUAAGCUUCCCGUUUCACAUUCUGGGCUUGGGAUUUCGGUCUUUCAGAGAUUCAACAUGGCGCAUUGUUGGUUCUGCUAUCUUUUUCAACUGGAUUGAAAGAUGCCGUUCUGGGAAUUCUUUAUGUGAAUUUCAGGUCAGAAAUACAUCAGCAGUCACGUUUGUUGAGUUGAAGACAGAGACAGUGACUCGGCGCUGGCGUAUUGAAGCCUUUUUUUAAUAUUUGAUUUCUUAUUUCAAUACUAAACAGCAAGUGGAAGGUAGAAUCGUUAUCAAUUUACGUGUAAUCUUUGGCAGCCGUCCGCCUAGUAAUGCCAAUCCAGAAAUGAUGAGUUCAUGUACA